AUAAGGUCAGCUUUUCCGAGCUCUAAGCAGUGUCGCUGCGAUCGCUGCCGAGAAGGUCGAAGUAACGACAUAGAGGAUUGAGUGGAGGGAAUACAUUCUAUCCAAGUUUACGGGAAUAUUGUGUUUUGUGAAUAUAGGAAACAUAUCAAACUGGCUCAUCGAUGACAGAAUACAAACUGGUAGUCGUUGGAGCGGGUGGUGUAGGGAAAAGUGCACUGACCAUCCAGCUCAUACAGAACCACUUCGUAGAAGAAUAUGAUCCUACCAUAGAGGACUCGUACAGGAAACAGGUCGUGAUUGACGACGAAACAUGUCUGCUGGACAUUCUGGAUACUGCUGGUCAAGAGGAGUACAGUGCAAUGAGAGACCAGUACAUGAGGACAGGUGAGGGCUUCCUCUGUGUGUUCGCUGUAAACAACCUCAAAUCAUUUGAAGAUAUCAACACCUACAAAGAGCAGAUCAAGCGAGUAAAAGACGCUGAGGAAGUACCUAUGGUUUUGGUGGGAAAUAAAAUGGACCUACAGGAACAGCACAUGGUGGAGGACAAGGAUGCCAAGGCGCUGGCUAACACUUACAACAUCCCCUAUGUACGCACCUCUGCCAAGACACGGCAGGGUGUCGACGACGCAUUCUACUCCCUAGUACGCGAAAUCAGGCUAUAUAAAGACAAAAAAGGCAAACAUCCACGAAAGAAGAAGAGGUUAUGUGCGCUCAUCUAAAGUGACACAAAUUUUAUAUUGAAUCUUCUCUGAUAUAUAUAUAUAUCUGUACAACACCAGUUAUCUGCCCCUCUUUCUCACUAUGACCACUAGGUGGUGCAGUUAUUUUUAGCAACGACAUAAACAGGAAACAAUGAAAUUCAUUCAUAAUUGUCCUUAUUUUAUCAGAUUUUUUUUUUUCUUUACAAAUAUGUAGACUUAUAGAAACGGCUGAACAGAAUAUAAAUACAUACAUAUAAAUGUAGGAUUAUGAUUAUGCUUAAAGAUUUUUAAUGAUUUCAUGUUUUUGGUAGUGAACUACAUAGCUACAGGCUGUUUCACUUAAUCAAAUGUUUUAGUUUUUGAUAUUGUGAAGAAAAUAUUUCAAAAUUCUUUCUUCAUUUUAUUACACACAACAAGUCGUCCUGUAAAAUCAUUAAAUGACAAAAGUAAAAAAAAGUUUUUGAAGCAAACUAUUUAUCUAUGACUGGUGAAAACAAGCAUGCUAUGUUAAUAGUAUUUAAGUUGCAGGAAAUUGAUAUUUGGAUAAAAGAUAUACAUUGCAUAUGAUUUUUGUAUCAUAAAAAUAAUAUUUUCAUAUUAAGUUUUUAAUAACUUUUUCCUGACAUUUUAAAAGAUGACUCAGAAAUGGCGGUAAAGUGAUACAAGAAUCAUGAAAAUCUGUUGUAUAUUUCAUUCAUAAUCUCAAAAAUCAAGAAACUUGAUUAAGUGGGGCCAGAGGUUGAUUGUCUGCACAGCAGGGUCCAGUUAAAAUAUUUUUAGCCUAUGUCAAGAGUUGUUAAAGCAACUUUUCAAAAUAAUAUUGUUUAGAAAUUUCUGUGAUUUAGUUGUCUCUUGUGCUCCAGAGAUCAGAAUUAAAUCUUUAUACAAUGUACAUGCUGGUUUUGGAUUUUUAAUUUGAAUAUUUUUGAAAAGUUUAUUUGUAAAAAAGUUGCAUUUAUUUAUCGUUAAACUAAUCAUGCAUUUUUGUUUAAAGUCUAAUUUAUAAUUAAAGCAAAAUUCUAUGUAGUACAUGUAUAAUUAAAAAAAUAUUUGAUCUUUAAUAAAAAGUCAUAAUUUAAAAAAUAUGACCAUCUGAAAAUGAUUCACUGAAUAAAGUCAAAACUGUUAACAAUUUUGAGAAAAAUAUUUUAAUCGUAAAAUUUUCAUGAACUGGAGAUUAAGUUGACUGAACUUCUGAAACUCUGGGCUAGUAUAUUGUAGCCGGUAUAUUGAAGUGUUAAUGGUGACAUUUUGUUUUAAAAGUGGGUGUACAGUCAAGCCUCGUUGUACAUAAUGGCGAUCUUUUUAAGUUUACAGCCUUGUGGCUUAAAAUGUGUUGUAGUUCCCUGUAUUACAUUGUCAGUUUACAGCUUUCCCGGAAUUGUGUGUGAUUUCCUUUUUUGUACAGAGCACUGUUAAAAAGUCACCACCAUUUCUAUCUCAUAUCUUAGUGUAUUUUUGGUGUGCUUGUUUUUAUAAAUGGAAUAUGAUUUUUUUUUUUAUGGAUUAUCAACUAAGAGAUCAACAGAUGUAAGUAUUCUGGUAGGACAAUUUCUCCCCUGAUGGUGUAAAGAAUUAAAAUCCUUAGCAAGUUUGCAUCAGAUCUAAACCUACAGGGAGAAUUAAAAUCCUUAGCAAGUUUGCAUCAGAUCUAAACCUACAGGGAGUGUAAGGGGAACAUAUGUAACACCACGUUUAAGCACGAUAGGGUUGGAUUGUAUGCCCACGUUUAUAUCACUUUAUCCAAACUUGUCAAAGGUCAACUGCUCCACAUUGCCAUUGUACAUUCCUCCUUCAAUUACCACCUUCUAAUUAAGCUUUUAUACUGCGUGUCUUCGUCUUCGCGUCAUCAGAGCUUUUUUUACGGCAUUUGUUAGGUAGUGGUCUGUGCUUGUUGUGGAUGAAGUAACUUGGUGUGUGUUCAACUUGUCUCAUCUCAUAUCUGUUAUACAGUUGAACUGGUAUGGUGUAGACAUUGUGUUAUACCGACAUUGUGUUAUACCGACAUUGUGUUAUACCGACAUUGUGUUAUACCAACAUUGUGUUAUACCAACAUAGACUUAUACCGACAUAGACUUAUACUGACAUUGUUGUGUUAUACUGACAUUCUGUUAUACCGUCAUUGUCUUAUAUGGACAUAAUAUUGUACUGAUGUCUUAUACCGAUGUUACCUUGUACUGACGUUGUCUUAUUCCAACUUUACAUAAAAUUUCUCUGCUUUAAUGUU